AUGUCUUCUUCGGCCAGUGCCUCGGCUACGUCGAAGACGACGUCGGAGAGCGACGAAGAGCCGGAGUACGCGGAACCCAGGCGCCACGUGCUGACGCCCGCCGACAUGAAGCGCUGGCUGGAGAGCGAAGCGUACGGCGAGUACGUCGGCUUCGUGCUCGCCCUCAACGAGCGGGUCAAGGGCAAGAAGCUGAGCGACGCCACGUUACCGGUCUCCGAGGUCACGUCGGGCCUGCUGUCUGUGUUGGACACGCUGUACGGCUGGGUGCGCGAAACGCCUCCCGUGGACCAGCCGCAGCGGUUCGGCAACACGGCCUUCCGCACGUGGCUGGGCCGGGUGAAGGGCGAAAGCCGACGACUGCUGCGCGACGCCCUGCCGGCCAGGUACGGGCCCGCGCUGGUCGAGCUCGUCCCUUACUUCGACGACAGCUUCGGCAACUCCACGCGCAUCGACUACGGCACGGGCCACGAGAUGAGCUUCGCCAUGUUCCUCUGCUGUCUGUUCAAGAUCAGAGCGUGGGCCGAGGAUGACUCGGCCGCCGUGGUCCUGACCGUCUUCCAGAGGUACCUGGAGCUGGUGCGUCACCUCCAGCAGGAGUACCGCAUGGAACCAGCCGGCAGCCACGGUGCCUGGAGCCUGGACGACUACCAGUUCCUGCCCUUCAUCUGGGGCAGCGCUCAGCUCAUGGGCCAGCUGGCGAUACAGCCCAAGUCCUUCCCGACGCCCGGCUUCGCCCAGAACUACUCCGGGGACUACAUGUUCAUGGGCUGCAUCGAGUUCAUCUGCAAGGUGAAGAGCGGCCCGUUCCACGAGCACUCCAACCAGCUGUGGAACAUCAGCGCCGUGCCCAGCUGGGCCAAGAUCAACGCCGGCCUGAUCAGGAUGUACAAGGCGGAGGUGCUGGGAAAGUUCCCGGUCGUCCAGCACGCACUGUUCGGGAGCCUGCUUCCCUUCCGUCCUUACGAGAAACCGGGCCAGACGAAAUGAGACUUCUUGCUAAAUAAGACAUUUCGCUAUUAAAUAUUACGUUUAACACGCGAUACUAC